GCAGUGAUAACAUCAUAGAUGGCGAGUAGCGAAACAAAAGUUUGAUCAAUCAGAUACUGAUUGCGUAAAAGUCACUCAAAUUAUUUCUUUUCACGUAAAAUAAAAUCAAAUAAAAUGGAAUUUAAUUACUCAUACCAAAAGAAACGCAGUGAAUUUGGUAGACAAUGCAUGUUCAACGACAGAGGACCCGAACUCAUUGAUAAUUACGCUGCAAAUCGCAAGUUUUUAAAAGAAUACAUCUACAGAGAUCCAGUAGAUGAAGCUAUUCAGAAUGUGACUGUACAAGCAGAACACGAAUUAAACACCUACCGCGCUGAAUACGCAAAUGCAGGCAUCAAUCAUAUUGAAGGCGGUUGGCCAAAAGACGUUAACAUCAAUGACGAGGAACAAACAAAGAGAUAUCGUCGUAAAAUCGAAAAAGAUGAGGGAUAUCCACAUAUUAUGUCACAAUUAUGCAAGAACAUGGAGGAAUGCAUCUUGCAAAAUAACGCCAUAAACAUCUACCAACAAUAUUACACUGAUGUAGAACCUACUCCUUUGGUAGAACCCUCCACAGCACGCACAGUAAACGUCUUCAGUGAUCAAUUAGCAGGCAAUCCCCGUCCGAUAACCCACAUCUCAUGGUACCCAGAAGAUUGCAGUAAAUUGGUCAUCACCCACUGCAACAUGGUCUUCCAUGCAAAAAUCCCACCAGGAGGAACAUGUUCCUACAUCUGGGAGUUAGAAAACCCAAACAUGCCCCAACUAAUCCUCCAACCACCUGAUCAAUCUGUUUGUAUUGAAUACAACCCUCGCGAUCCCAAUACUCUCGCCAGUGGACAAUUCAACGGACAAGUUGCAAUAUGGGACGUGCGUACCAGCAAUGAACCCGUCGACUUCACUCUCAUGGAGGAGUCCCAUCGUGACCCUAUCACUGACCUUAUCUGGACCCAUUCAAAAACCGGCACCGAGUUCUUCACAGGUUCCACAGAUGGAAUGGUAAAAUGGUGGGACACGCGUAAACUCAACGCUUCCUUAGAAUCACUGAUAGUAGACAUGACUAAAGAUGAACAGAUCUUAUCCCGGGCAAUGGGUUGCUCAGUCUUGGAAUAUGAACCGACUAUCCCAACAAGAUUCAUGAUAGGUACCGAAACCGGGCAUGUAAUAGGAGGAAACAAGAAGGGUAAACUCCCACAAGAGAAAAUGAUUGCAAAAUAUCAAGCGCAUUUAGGACCUGUGCUUGCACUGGAAAGAAAUCCUGCUUUUGUUAAGAAUUUCUUAACUGUUGGUGAUUGGACAGCGAAAAUAUGGUCAGAAGAUUGUAAGGAAAGUCCAAUCAUGUGGACGUGUUACCAUCAAGCGAGAUUAUUAGCAGCUACUUGGAGCCCGACAAGAUUCUCGGUGUUUUUCACAUGUCGCUCUGAUGGUAUUAUUGAUGUGUGGGAUGUUCUACAAAAUCAGGAACAUGCAACGUUGAGUAUCAAAGUAUGCGAUGUACCAUUAACAAGCGUGCGUGCCAAUGAACUAGGCCGAUUGACAGCUGUGGGAUCCCAGAAAGGCACUGCGUAUGUCGUUGAGAUGUGUGAACAUUUAUCAUAUUCAGCUAAAAAUGAUAAAGCAUUACUCACGGCGAUGUUUGAAAGGGAAAAUCGACGUGAAAAGAUCCUCGAGGCACGUAAUCGUGAAUUACGACUCAAACAAAAGGUCGGUGGUUCUGCUAUUUUGGGCACUAGUCGAAUGAUGCUUGAUAAAUACAGUGAUGAAACCGAUUUCUUCGAUGACAUCUAUAUAAAAUCCGCUGAAAUAGAUUUCUACGCGUACGUUGAUAAAAUGACCAAGAAGGAUGAACGUAAUGCCUUGACGCUCUUUAAAAACUUUUUAUCUCGAAUUGUUUAUAUUAUUUGUAGCCGAUGAAGAAGAAGAGGAGGAAAUAGUCGAAGAUUACGACGCCGCUAAAGAUUAACUUAAAGAUGAUUGAUUACAAUAUCUUUAAAUUCAGUAAUUUAUUCAUUCGGUGAGAAAGAACGAAACGUACGCUUUUAUAUAAUAUAUAUACACAAACAUU